GCCGAGCCUCUCGCUGGCUGCUGCGGCCGUCUCUCCUCGGAGGCGGGGACACUGGCGGGCUGAGCCUGCGCUUGCUCCGAGGCUUGUUGGGUCUGCCAGUCCUCCCGGGCCCAGGGACCGCCCCCGCCUCACAUCUGACCCGAGCCUCUGCGGCGGGCGCUGCUGCAUCCUGCCUUGUAGCUCGCAGCCGCAGCCCCUGUUGCAUCGCUGCGGUCCCCAGUCCCGUUCCAGCGGCCUCGCGCACUACCUGGACAACCGUACAAAGAGAAUCCCCUAACUCUCCAGAGAUGAAGCUCCCGUUCCUGGGUUUCAUUUUAGACUUUGCUUGUAACUAUAUGUGGUUUCUACAGAUUUUAGCUGUCCUGUUUCUGAUCCGUUUAAUCUACUGGGUCAUUAACAGAGGGAAUAAUGAAAAAUUAGAAAUGGAAGAUGCAUGGUGGGGCCCAGGAAAAAAGCCCAGCACACCUGAGGAUGAAAGCAUCCGCCCCUUCAAGGUGGAAACUUCAGAAGAAGAGAUCAAGGACUUACACCAGAGGAUUGAUAUGGCUCGAUUCACCCCACCCCUAGAGGACAGCCGUUUCCAUUAUGGAUUCAACUCUAAUUACCUAAAGAAGGUGGUUUCCUAUUGGAGGAACCAAUUUGAUUGGAGGAAGCAGGUGGAGAUUCUCAACAAAUACCCUCAUUUCAAAACUAAAAUUGAAGGGCUUGACAUCCACUUCAUCCAUGUGAAGCCCUCAAAACCACCAUCGGGUCACAAAGUAAAACCAUUGUUAAUGGUUCAUGGUUGGCCUGGCUCUUUCUACGAAUUUUACAAGAUCAUACCACUUCUGACUGACCCUGAGAGCCACGGCCUGAAUUAUAACCAGAUCUUUGAAGUCAUCUGCCCUUCCAUUCCUGGUUAUGGCUUCUCGGAUGCACCCCACAAGCAAGGCUUCACCAGUGUGGCUGCUGCUCAGAUUUUCUGUAAGCUGAUGAACCGGCUGGGCUUCCAGGAAUUCUUCGUCCAGGGAGGUGACUGGGGAUCCCUGAUCUGUACCAACAUCGCUCAGAUGGCGCCCUCACAGGUGAAAGGUAUCCAUGUGAAUAUGUGCUUCCUUGAGUCCGGCACCUUCUCCAUUUUUCUGUCUCUUCUGAUGGGACGGUGGUUCCCAUGGCUUUUUGGCUUCCAGGAGAGGGAUUUGCAGCUGUUGUACCCUGCCAAGAAGAUCUUCAAUUCUGUGUUUAGAGAAUCUGGCUACAUGCACAUCCAGGCCACCAAACCUGACACCGUAGGCUGUGCACUGAAUAAUUGCCCCGUGGGACUGGCUGCCUAUAUCUUAGAGAAGUUCUCCACAUGGACCAAUGAAGAAUAUCGAAAUCUAGAGGAUGGAGGCCUGGAAAAGAAAUAUACUUUGGAUGAUCUCCUGACCAACAUCAUGAUCUACUGGGUGACCGCCAGUAUCAUCCCCUCACAGCGCUUCUACAAGGAGAAUCUUGGCCAAGGCAUAGGUGUACAUAAACAUUCCAAGAUUAAGGUAUUUGUACCUUCUGCUCUGGCUGCCUUUCCCUCUGAACUACUGCACUGUCCAGAAAGUUGGGCUCGGAAGAAAUUCCCGAAUCUCUGUUCCUAUACUCACAUACCCCAAGGGGGCCACUUUGCUGCCUUUGAAGAGCCUCUGCUGCUUGCAGAAGACAUCCAAAAGUUUAUAGGGAGAAUAAAGGGAAAGUGAGUUUUAAGAGGAGAUGCUUCCCUCCCCUCCCCAACUUCCCAUCUCUCCCCCAUCAUCUCUCAGAUGCCCCAGACUCCCUUCAAUACCCCUUACUCCAAACCAUAGCUCUGAUAUAAAUCCACAACCAGCUUCUUGAAGAUGAUGGUGGAAGGGAAGUGUACCAGCUCUCCUUGCCUUGAAUCCUAAGACUGGGCCACUAGGCUGGGGAAAUUAAACCCCAUCUUUGUGGUACGUGCCCAAUCCUAAAUUUCUCUGUGCCCCAGCUACUCAGAAUUGGUCUCUGGGAUGGUAGAAACAGUCUUCAUUUGGAGGGAGGGCACUGAUCGCCUUGCCCCUUGUUACUUUUUUCUAUCGCUCAUUUAUGUAUAUAGCUUACCAUGGGACGGAGCUGCCAAAUGAGUGAUUUUGUUCCCCUUCCCUCGACGGGCUGCAGAUGAUGCAGCUUUAUAUUGGUAAGGGGAGGUUGCUCAUCCUGGCUAUCCCACCAUGAAUAAAUCACCGCUCUCUGUGUGUUGGGUGGAGCCCAGCGUUCCCUACGACUCUCAACACUUUUCUUGGGUCCUGAGGUGGUAGGUUUGGACUGCAUGGCAGAUGGAAAGGAAAAUGGCUUUUGAUAAUAAAUUUUUUUGCUUCACAAGA